UGCUGAUUUCUUCUUCUUUUCUUGCAGUCUUGAUUGGCAGUAGUAAAAGAUGGUUCUAGCAUAAUGAUAUCUGUCAAUUCCUGAAUCCUCUCUCUCCUAUGAUUUGUUUGAAAAAAAUGUUAAUUUGGAUUUUAAUGUAGUACAUUCUCUCCUCUCCUAAAGGGCCAGUUGGCAGUGACUUCACUGGGUCAGGCCCAACAUGAAAAGUUUCUUAAAACUUUACGUAAUCUGAAUGUCAAGUGUCAGCUUAGCCCCUGUAAUAGGUAAUCAUCAACACUUUGAAUUGCACCCAGAACUGGAUGGGAAGUGUAGGUGUUAUAUGAUCCUCCACUCACAAGCAGAAGCUUCCAAGUAGCCUCCAGCCUGGAGAUAAGAAAAGCAUGGGUCGCUGUGCAUUGGAGCACAUCAGGGAGGAAGGGCCUGAUCCCCUGUCCUGACCCCGCUACCUAAAAAAUGGUAAGAAGCAUUUUGAGCUAGUGCUGUCAUAUGAUAACCAAGGAGCAGCAAGAAACCAUACCACUGAGCACAGAAGCAGACACAUCUCCUCAGUAAAGGGAGCACUCCUAGUCUAUGCUUUCCUCCUUCUGACUCCCCUCGAUCCAAGUUAGUAGCAUCAAGGACAACAGAGGAAUAGUGGGGGUACCAGAUUGCCAUACUUUUCUUUAUCAGUUUUCCCUACAGAACAUCCAUCUCCAUACACCUGACUACUGAAAUCAGUCAUCUGCCAUUGGGACGUUAACCUCUUCCGUGCUGUUUUUGUCUGUAAAGUAUGGUAACCUGGACAGGACAAUCAUGGAGGAGGGGCACCGAGGGACCAGUGUACCCGUGCUUGCAGAUAAGACCGUAAUAACAGUCUGCUAGGAUUCUGAGCUCAUGGUCACCAACACAAUCUCCUUUUUGGAAAAAUACAUGAACGUGGCUGCUAAGCAACGGGGGUGAUGAUAUUUCACAUUGAAAACACAUUGUGCAUUGUUAUUUUUAACAUUUCUAGCCGCACCUUGCAGAAAGUUAUUUACAUAGAUUCACUCGUCUCUGACAACCUAUCAUUUAACCUGGAGCAGCAGCGACAGCUUUGAAGAUAACCCAUGUGAAAAACAUACAGGAAGCUGCAGAAGACACUGCAACAUCUGCUUGGCUGCCCCACUCUCAUUGUCUCUGACCGCAGCCAGAAUUACUCAUUAUUGAUACUGCAUUAGGCUCAGGUUGGCUCCUAUAUAUUUGGUAACUGCUGGCCAAGAGAGGGUUCAGAAGAAUGUGACCAUCCUACCAAUUCAACUCACUUCUAUAUACAGUAAACAGGUGAAAGUAGCAGCUGUUUUGAGUCUUCCCUUCAUUUUCCAGUUGUGCACAGGCAACAAUGUCACUGACUACUAUGACUCCAACACCACUGUUGAUUACAACAUGUUUGAGACUCUCUGUGAGAAGGCUGAGGUCCGGAGCUUCCGCGCCGCAUUCCUCCCAGCUAUGUACUCACUCAUCUGCUUCGUUGGGCUCCUGGGGAACGGCCUGGUGAUGCUGACCUACGUCUACUUCAAGAGGCUCAAGACAAUGACUGACAUCUACCUGCUGAACCUGGCCUUAGCGGACAUCCUCUUCCUGCUGACGCUCCCCUUCUGGGCCACGAGCGCAGCCAAGUACUGGCUUUUUGGGGAGUUUGCCUGCAAAGCCGUCUACUGCAUCUGCAAGAUGAGCUUCUUCAGCGGGAUGCUGCUGCUCCUGGCCAUCAGCAUUGACAGGUACUUCUCCAUUGUCCAGGCUGCCUCCGCCCACCGUCUCCGCUCCCGCAUGAUCUUCAUCAGCAAGAUCACGUGCUUCUCCAUCUGGAUCCUGGCCUUUGUCCUCUCCAUCCCAGAACUGGUCCACAGUGGAGUGAACGCAUCCGAGACCCCCCGCUGCUCCAUCAUCGCCACCACCGACUUGCACAAGUUCGACACUGGCAUCAAAGUGUCCCAGAUGGUCUUUGGCUUCCUAGUACCCCUGUUGGUCAUGUCCUUCUGCUACUUUGUCAUCGUCAAGACCUUGCUCCAGGCCCGUAACUUUGAGAAGAACAAGGCCAUCAAGGUCAUCAUCGCUGUGGUGAUAGUCUUCGUCGUCUUCCAGCUGCCUUACAAUGGCGUCAUGUUGGCCAAGACCAUCUCCGCUUUCAACAAUACUGACAGCCUGUGCGAGAAGAGUAAGCAGCUUGACGUGGCAGACGACGUGACCUACACUCUGGCCUGCUUCCGCUGCUGCCUCAACCCCUUCCUCUAUGCCUUCAUUGGCGUCAAGUUCCGCAACGACCUCUUCAAGCUUCUCAAGGAGCUGGGUUGCCUGAGCCAGGAGCGGCUCUGGCAUCUGUCGAGCUGCAGGGAGAACAGGCGGUUCUCCUUUGCUAUGGAGACCGAGACAACCACCACUUUCUCACCGUGAGGGGUGGGUUCUGUGCCUGCUUUGAAUGGGCCAAGGCUGGGGUAUUCCUGCAUCUUGCAGCCAUCUUGAAUUACUGAUUUGAGCAGGGCCAGCCUCACCUUGGCCAGAGAGCUGUAUCAGUGCAGAACAAAACCUGUUAACUCCCCCACAUUUCAGGAAAGGCAGGUAGGUAUACAGUACUCCAUGUGGGAGAGACUCAGCUAAGGUUACAACAAAGUACUAAACUGGGGAGCAAUUAGACCUCAUGUUAAUUGUUCCAUUUCCCGUCAAUUCCCUUUGGGCAUCAUUCCUCAUUGCUCCAAUAUAAAAACCUUUUUCUUAUUGGUGUUACAGCUGAGCUCUCCGGAGCACCUCCUUGCUUUGAAUGCUGCAUUUAACAAGACUGCAUUUUGCUCUUUCUUGCACACACAAACUUUGUAGCACUGAUCCAGCUAGUAAGACAGAAUGGGACCAAGCCGUGCCUCAAACUCCAAGCUCAGCACAAUACAGCAUUGACUUCUGAUUCUUGAUUAGGCUUCAGUUGCUUGAAUGCUGGAAUGAAUCAGUAGCCCUAGCAUGCAACUCCCAGUUCCCUCCUCUUCACUCCAAAAGUCAGAUUUGCAUAAUUAACCCUAAAACUACAGAUUUUUAAAAUGAAUAAGUUUGAUAACAGUCACUGUUAAUGCAAAAUCUCGAAAGUUUGCUGGGGGAAACAAUGGCUUUCAAUUCACUUUGCUUGUGCUGAGAUUUCGGGUUUUGCCUAUAAAGUUCCAUAUGGUUUAGAGCAGGGGUUCUCAAACUGGGGAGUCAGGACCCCCAGGGGGUCGCAAGGUUAUUACAUUCGGGGUUGCGAGAUGUCAGCCUUCACCCCAAACCCUGCUUUGCCUCCUGCAUUUAUAAUGGUGUUAAAUAUAUUUAAGUGUUUUUAACGUAUAAGGGGAGUUGCACUCAGAGAUUGCUGUGUGAAAGGGGUCACCAGUACAAAAGUCUGAGAACCCCUGUUUUAGGGCUUGUGCAUCAUUGGAGGCAGCCUCUUCACUAUGGCAGAGAAUUAAGCUAAACUUCACCAAGGCCACUUCAGGACUGAAUGAGAGGGUUUGUCUACAAGGGGACACUCCAGAUAAAUAAUCCAAAUUAACUAACAGUGUGAAUUUUAAAGUGGAUUAGUUAAACCACAUUAAAUCCCUGUGUGGACACUUCAAAAUUAAAGUGGCCUUAAUUUGAUUUAAUUCAUUAAUGAAGUUGAACUAAUGUGCUUUAAAUUCACAUCUUUAGUUCAUUUGGAUUUACUUUUCUGAGCGUCCCUGCGUAGACAAGCCCUCAGUGUUUGUAAACUACCAGUUGAGAACAUCUGGAGCAUUACUGCAUGAUCCUGAAAAUGGCAAAGUACUCUGGCCCCAAUCUAGCAUGAUACUUAAGCAUGUAUUUAAUUUUAAGCACCCCGGCUAGUCCCCAGCGCCUGCCACCCCAGUGAAGUCAAAUAGGAUUACUCACAUGCUUGACUUUAAGCACACGUGUAAUAAGCAUUUCGCUAGACUGGGCCAAAGCGUUUAGCAGGAAUGAGCCCAGGGCCCCUAUAGCUCUAGAAUAUAUAUUUCUCAGUGGAGGGCUCUGACCUGGAAUUUGUUUCUGACCUUGGUUUGACAGCUCAUGGACGCCAGUCUUUGGAGCCUGUCAAAGGCUGCUCAGGCUUUUCAUGAGAGGGGAGGCAGGUUUUCCUCAAGGAGCAGCGUUUUUUGUUCUCACUUGCUGACCUCAGUUUAAUAGAGGAACAUGUAGAUGUGAGUUCCCCACCCAAGCUCACUUGUCCCUCGGAGAAGCUGUAACAGGUGCCUUUUGAGAACGCAAGGGAAAUUUAAAAAAAAAUAAACCUCCAUAAACUCCUGGAAGUGCCUCUUACGUUCAGACAGUCAGUGCUAUUACCGGUGCUCCUCGGUACAGUUGGAUUUAAAAGUGACAGCCAGCCAUGCAACCGAUUACGGUCACGUAAACUAAGACAUGGAAAAGAAGCCCAGAGUGUAAUGCCCAUUGGUGCAUUUAGUGGAAACCUGAGGGACUCAAACUUCUGGAGGAACAUCCUGGGAAUUGCUGUCAUGGGAUGGCUGAAUGUCAGUUGAGUGGGCAUCUCCGUAAUUCAAUCUGCCAUUGCAGCUGUUCUGACUACAGAGCUGUAAUCUCUAAAGCACACAGAGACAGGUUUCCCUUGAACCAGAUACCAAGGGCAAAAGGUCCUGGCAGUACCCCAGCGUCUGUGGCAGGGGACAUUUUACGACAUCCAAGUGACAUAGAAGGAAGCUCCUAACUCCCAUCCUCUUGGCACACUAAACACAAAUUCUGCUCUCCCUGCCACAAAGCCGUACGGCCUCUAACUGACCCUUCUUCACCUGCUACACAAUAGUCCCCUAUAAAAAUAACCCUCUUGGAAGCUUUUGAUCGGGGGCAAGAGAGUCCAGUAAAGGAUGCACUGCCUUAAAGGAGAAAACAUUCUGCUCUGCAAAGUUGAUGUAUUUAGGAUUAUACAAUCCUAGCUGAUUGUUUAGAGUGUUUCAUGGUGCCCAUGUCUCUUGUACGAGCGCUGCUUUCUUACAACCCCUAAGUAACGGGGGCUGUGAACUACCACACUGGAGAUUUAGUUUUUUUGGUUUGAUCCAGCACUCCUCAUUCAGGAAAGCUACCAAUCAUCUCUCAAGGUGUUUGCCAGAGCAAGGAAUUCAUCUAAUACAGGGUCUUAUUUUGGUGCAUCAAUAGGAUAGACUUGUACUGUAUAUUCAGAUAUAUAAAGUUGCUAUAUGUAGAACAAGAGGUGAAUUUGUACAUGAAUGUAUUCUGUAAGGCUGUACUGCCCAGAAACAGGGUUUGUCUAUACAAACAAUUCAUUUAUGGGAACCUGGGGUGUGAAUCUCCCCUGCACUAAUCUGUUGUGGACUAAUUUGUUCAAGUACACUCUGCUGAUUUGCAUUAACAGUUUGUUAAUAUGCUUUGAUCUAAUCCUCUUUGAAAUGGGACUAGAUCAAAGCACAUUAACAAAUGGUUAACAUGCACUAGCAAGGCCUACGCCAACAGUCAGUCUGUGGCAGACAAGUGCCGGGUAGAGUCACGCUACAGUUUGCUGCAAACCAUUUGUGGAGACAAACCCUAAGCUUUUUCUGGCUAAACAUGUUCAAGCUAAUUCAUUUUUCAUUUAAAAAAAAACCAACCAAACAAAAAUUAUUUCACCAAGAAAAUGCAAUUGUAAUUUUAUCAAGUCUUAUAAGAACAACAUAUGAAUGGCCAUAUGGGGUCAAACGAAUGGUCCAUCUAGCCCAGUGCCAGAGGGAGUGAACAGAACAGAGUGAUCCAUCCUCUGUCAUCCAGUCCCAGCUUCUAGCAGUUGGAGAUCUAUGGAAACCCAGAGCAUGGGGCUGCAUCCCUGACCAUCUUGGCUUAUAGCCACUGAUGGACCUAUCCUCCAUGAACUUAUCUAAUUCUUUUUUGAGCCCAGUUAUAUUUUGGCUGUCACAACAUUCACUGAAAUGAGUUCCACAGGUUGACUGUGCAUUGUGUGAAGAAAUACUUCCUCUUAUUUGUUUGAAACUUACAUCCUAUUGUCAUUGUGUUAAGUGAAGGGGUAAAUAACACUUCCCUAUUCACUUUCUCCACAUCAUGCAUAAUUUUAUAGAUCUCUAUCAUAUCCCCUUUUAGUCAUCUCUUUUCUAUGCUGAUUAGGCCCAGUCGUCUUAAUCUCUCCUAAGCUGAAAGCCAUUCCAUACCCAUACUCAUUUUGUUGCCCUUCUCUGUACAUUUUCCAGUUCUAAUAUAUGUUUUUUGAGAUAGGGCAAUCAGAACUGCACGUAGUAUUCAAGUUGUGGGCAAA